GGGCUGCGCGCACUACACAGCAUAGUAAAUGUAUCGGGCCCUGUUAGAGAUCCAAUACAUUCGAGAUGUUCGAGCAGUCCAAAGGUCAUGGACUGUGUGUUUCGCAGAUUUUGAAGGAGAACAAGGAGAAACGGGAAGCGGAAUUCAAUGAGAGAUUCAAGAACAGACCCCAAAAAUCUCUUGAUGAUGAGGAGGUGGAGUUUUUGGAUGCCGUCGAGAGGCAUCGCCGAGAGACAGAAAGGCAGGCCGCGGAGGAGGAGAAGGCCGCGCUUAUCAAUUUUCAGGUGGCUGUAGCUGAGAGGACUCUGCGGAAAGUGUCGGAUCCCCCGAAACCUCAUCCUGAAGUAUUGCCUGAGCGGCAGGAGCAGCAGCGGCAACAGGAUUUCAGGGCCAUCAACCCGAAGCGGCCAGCGAUCAUUUCCCAAGAGCAGAUUCUUGCUGGGUUGAUACGAGUUAGACCAGCUAACGCUCAGAAGAAACCGAAAAUUGAACCUGAAAAGGAUGGAGGGCUGGCUUCCGGGCAGCGCGCCUCAUCCACUGCGGCAUUGACAAAACAAGUGGACGGGCAUGGCAGUGAGAGGGAGACAACUUGGUCGAGUGCUUCUGGAAGUCCAUCGAACAAACGUGCCGUUGCAGAUCCUGAGAAGCAGGACAGAGAAGGCUGCAGUACUGUCCUCAGUACAGUUGGGGGACUCGUAGCAUAUGCAGAAUCUGAUGAUGAAGAUGACACAUAGUGCAUGGACUGUCUGACCAGCCCAGGUGGUGAAGGGAGUCGUUUGUGUUGGUGUGUGUGUGUGUGUGUGUGUGUGUGACUGUCUGAUCAGCCCAGGUGGUGAAAAGAGUCGUGUGUGUGUGUGUGUGNGAGAGAGAGAGAGAGAGAGAGAGAGAGAGAGAGAGAGAGAGAGAGAGAGAGAGAGAGGAUUGUGUACUCUUUCCAAGCAUUCCGCUUGCUUUGAUUGGUAGUGGGCUUCUUGUUCUCUCUCUUUGGAGUGGAUGGUAUGACAUUUUGCUAGAAGUUUCUAAGAGUCUAUUAGUGUGCCUACGUUAUCAGCUGAUACUGAAGGUUGAUUUCAUGGAUAUGGUGGUGGUAAUCGGGAUAUGCAAAGGGAAGAGGACCUUUGAUGAUGGCUGAUGAGUCUAGCCAGUGACGGAGAAGCAAGAGGGAGAGGAAGAGGAAGAGGAAAAGGAAGAGGAAGAGGAAGAGGAAGAGGAAGAGAAUAAUGCAGUGAGAUUCUGUGUGACCGAUAUGUCUUCAAGGUGCUGCAGAGCUCUGCACAAG